AUGCUGUUCUUCUUGUUGCCUCUCCUCUUCCAGUCCCAAGGUAAUGUAUAUGUCUUGUUACCACUAUUCAUGGAAAAAUCAGGCCGCACCCCCUGUCUUCACAGUAAAAUGGUUCCCUGCAUUUACCACCUUGUGUCAGGGUUCCUCCUGGGAUUCUGAGGCUUCUUCCAAUGCUGCUAUUUUGGAGGUGGGGGGUUCAAUCACAUCCCAGCAAAUUCAGGUUGUGUCAGUUAAAAAUAGAUAAGGGACGCUGGGGCAACAAACUUGCUCCCUCCACCAAAUCAGGUGUGGGUUUUUUUGUGAUCAGGAAAUGCACUGGAAAGUGCUUAAUGCAACAUCAUAUAACCUUUUCUUUAAUAAAAAUCAGAAGGAAUGCUGGAAAAAAAUCUGACAUUUUCUAACCUCCCCACAAACUUGGUGCAAAGAAAUCGGGAUGAAGGCUCGAUAAACAGGUCAUCUGGAAGUGUCCUAAAUUGCUAAUGCAGAAGGUCCUCUACAGAGUGCUACUGGUUGAUGUAACUGAGGGCUUAUCCAGACUUCCUUUUGUGCUGUGUUUCUAGGCACAGGUCUGUGUUUGAAAGUGCCAAGUGUCCCCACCCAUGGCGCUUUCCCCAUAAAAACCCACUCUUUACUGAUGAAUCUGAGCAAACAGCAUUCCACAGAAAACCCGAAUUGCUGUUUGUUCCAAUUCAGCGUCAAAGAGUGGCUUUUGUGGAGCAAACAACAAAACACUUGGACGUGGCACUUUAAAUCAUGGACUUAUACCUAGAAAGUGCUGGGGAGAAGCUAAGUGUGGAUGAGCCCUAAGAAUCCCUUGUAGGGCUGGUCGAUAUCUGGCUUUCAGCAUCGUCAUAUGUCACUGGCUAAACAUUGCAAUAUACUGAUAUAUCAUGAUGUCUGGAAUAAGGAUGUAGAAGCAUUGACUGGCUUCACCGUCUUUCCCACAUUGUGAUUUUUGCAUAGCAUACAUACACAUCAUGAUUCAUGAUAAGCUGCCAGGUCAAAAAUUAUGAAACUGAUGUCACAAUAUGGACUUCAAACUGGUUUUGGAUGAUAAAUGGAUAUAUUGCCCAGCCCUAAUCCCUUCCACAUUCCUAUAUAACCUAGGACUUCUGUUUUAAUAAUACAGUCAGUGCAAAUACUUCUGGGUGUUUUUCUCAUGUCCUGAUACAAUGUCUUGUGUUGUUUGGGGGAUGCAGGUAUUUGUGGGAUCAGCGGCGAUGAAGGAGACUUCCAGUUUUGUGCAACCAGGAAUCAAACAAAGAAAAGCAAUAUAAGCUAUGAAAUCCAGAGCGACGGCAUCAGCAUUGUAAACAGUGCAGAGAAACUGAUCCUAAGAGCACCUUUCAGUCCAGAAAUUCAGUGUGGACGUUUUACAGGAUCCAAGGAGUGUCCUCUGCCACAACAAUUGGGGCCUUAUCGCAUCUGUUUGCACUGGUUUCAGCAUGACAGUCUUUUGACGAUCACCUAUGGGAAGUCCCAAACGAAUUUCAGCCUGACUAACCAGGCAUAUACCCUGUACUGUCCCAUUACAACUGAAAAUUCUUCUCAACAUGGCCCCAAUGUGCUUUAUAGGGUCUCCUAUGCCUUUAAUAGGGGUGUCCACAACACAUCCCUUCCGGACAUGUCUGCAUAUCAUUUCUACUUCAUAGGUAAGCUUGCUUCUUUUUAGAAGAUGUAAUUAUGGAACCCAAAGGUCCAGCAGGCCCAGGGCCAUUCUUGUGUGGCAGCACCUCCUCCCCAGAAAGCCAACUUUGCAGCCCAGAGCACAGUGGGCCACAAGCUGGUGUGCAGCUGAAAAUUUCUUGGUGUCUCCAGACUGCCAAUAUUUUCUGGGAGGGAUUCCAAGUAUUGGAACUUCAGGUUUGCACAGUUAAAGUGGAUUAUCCCUAGUGUAACAAGCCACUUAAGAAAACAACAACAAUUUUGUUGUUGUUUGGAAAGUAAUUCAUUGAAAAGUGAGGAAUGAAGGGGUGAUUAACUGAGAAACUUAUAAACAGCCUUACAAAGCAAAUUGGGUUGAAUUCAGGAUGAAUGCUCACUGUCGUAUAACUGCAUCAUGAACAAAUGAGAAUGCUCAGUGAAGACCAGAUAUAGUCUCACUGUCACAUAAGCUUUGUAUAAUCAAAUUGGGGUGAAUGCUGAAUAAACCAGCCAUCUGGAGGAACCCACCAAUAAGCAAGCUGGGUUAUAUAGCCAUAUUUCAUAGAGCCACCUGUUCACCAAUUCCUCGCUUUGCCAAAGCCUUGGCUAUAAGCUAACCCAUCCAUGUCUGGAGGGCAGGAGGGCAUGGAGCCCUGAAAGAUCUUAUAUGGGGAAUCAUAGGUGGAAGUACUCAUUUCCCCUAAUUCAAAUUCCUCCCCCCCCCCACUCCCUCUAUCAUCUCAUGGUCCAGUGGCUUCUCCUCUGGGUAUACCAGACCUGUGCGUGGAACAAACGCUGAGGGCAGGUGGUGGGCUGUUGUAUGUACCUAGAGGGGGGAGAGAGGAGGAAAGAGGUGGGGGUGCAUGUGCAGGGACGUGCAUCGAGCAGUCCUAUGGCAGGAAGUGGAAGGGGAAGAAGCUAACCAAAUAGGACAAAAUGAUGAGUUUGUUAACCAAGGAGAAGUGGCGGUGGAGGUUUGUCUUAAGACACACAAUGAUCAAAGCUGUCUAAUGAGCUACUAUAACCAGGGCUAUAUGCACUGCAAAAAGAAAAUUCACAUGCCCUUCCCCCAAAGUAAGUAACCAUUCCCAAUUAUCCAGAGAAACCAGCUAUUCUGUGGAGGCCCUGCCUCCCUUGACAACUGGAAACCUUCUUGGACCCCUUUGCCAGCUCCUGAGAGUUUGUGAGGUACAGGUUAUGUUUCUGGACAUAUGUUUACGAUUAUGAAAGCUAGGACCUUAUUUUUAAAAAACUAAACCUGAGUUUAUCUGGAUGCUGAAUCUGUGCCUUUUCUGCUCCUUUGAUAGUGUGAGUAAGGAGUCCUGUAGCCUGGAAUAUAAUCCCUAAUGAGACUGUUCCUUUUUUGCUUCCUUUUUGUGUUUGAUUAUGGGACAGGUGAUCAAGGAAAGACGCCUGUUCGAGUAUGUGAUAUGGAAGGAAAAGUUAGGAGCGUAGAAGAAAAGCUGAAGACCCUGGAAAAAGGCGGGAAGCUUGGCAAGAGUGGCAGGAACGGCCUUCGGCCAAACCCAUUUGAGUAAGUAUUCAUGAGCCAGUCAACACUUUCUGCUGGUGAACUAUUUAUUUAAGAAAUCUGUAUGCCAUCCUUUGUCAAAAAGCUCCAGGGCAGUUUACAGUGCCGCAGCAUAAUAAACAAUGUAACAUACAUACACCGCACAAUAGCCAUAAAAUACAAAAUAAUAUAAAACAACAGUGUCAGAUUAUUCGCAGUGUCAACCCAGCAAUAAACUUUGCAGCUCAGCCCCUGGGAAAUGCAACAGUCUAGAAACCUGUUAUCAUCUACUCCUGUCAGGUGCAACUAUAAAAAAAAUUCUGUGUGACUCUGUGAAUCCUCGCUACCGCUUCUCUGUGGCAAAGUGGGGGUGGUGGGGGAACAAUGUGUACAAGCCACAGGAAAUGUACGUGUGUGUCUGUGUUACUCUUCCCACACUUGAGGAGGCUUUGUAUUGUCUGCAUUUUUAAGCAAGCAGACCCUGAUUCACACUUCUGGAGUACACAGAGCAAAACGCCAUUCUCCUUAGCUUUUGCACAUCUCCAAAUGUUGUGAUACCAAUGCUCAUUUCUGAAAAUUCACAAAAUGUGUAUUUUUAGGUUAAAAUGCCUACACAAAUACACAUGUAGAAAAAUGCAGUUCCAAUACUUUCCCAAAAAAAUGUAUUUUUUCAAAAAAUAAUAAAUCUUGGGGACAUCAAACUCUGCACUAAGGCAUCCAAAACAGACCUGGGCAGGAAAUAUCCACCUGUCACUCCUGUUGCUCACUGUGGCUCCCUCUCCAUCCCCAACAUAGAAGAUGUACACCUGGGAAUUCCAGGUGCAGGAAGAGGCUAAGCCAUCUCCACCUGCUGCUCCUCUUCAGGAAUGGUCCCUCUUCUCCUUACGCCCAGCUGCUUUGAAGGGAGAAUUGGUGAAGACUGGAUUCCAAGAUGUGUGUUUGCCACCGGAUGCAGAGAUCCACUUUGAGUAAAUCCCACUUCCCCAGCUCAGCACACUUUUCCAGCUGGUCACUGUAGCUGUGUCCCACCCUUCCCAUGAUCUUCAUCAGAUGCCCCUCACCCACUGUUUACACUGGAAGCACAGCUUUACCUUGGAGCUUUUCAUCUGAUACGCGUAGCAAGUGCAAGGCCCCAGACUGUGAUUUGUUCAGUAUGGAAAAAGGUUACUGCCCCCUACUCCCUGGCAGGGUCUGAUCUGGCAUGGGCUCCCUGCACCUGCAGGCUCAGUGAGCAACAGGUGUGAUGUAGCAAUAUUACAACCAGACCUCAAAGUAGCACCUACAAAUAUUGGAAAUGUGCCAGCAUUGCAUAGGCAGUCUGCUCUCUACUGCUGCGUCAUCUUGUUCAAUAUUGCUUAUGUUUAUGUUCACCUUCACUAAUCUGGCGCUGUCCAAGUGUUUUGGACUACAGCUCCCAUCAUCCCUGACCAGCUUGGUGAUGGCUGGGUUUCCUAUAUGGGUUUUUCACCUAUCUAAAGGAGCCAAAGACUGAACCUGGGGACCUUCUGCAUGCGCAGAUCCUGCCUAUGUCCAGAUACUCUGAAUAUUGUGGCUUGCCAACUAUGAAACAUAUCAGUGACUCAAUACAGUUCCAUGCUUCCUAGCGGGUACAGUCAAUUCUGAAACAGUGUCGCAUGCCAUUAUGCAAAUAUCGAAACCAUACCUUAGCAGCUUUCAUUCACUGAUACCAAAUAUUAGCUGAAUAUUAAUCAAAAUGCAAACAUUCAGAAAAAUAGCCUGUGAUUAUUUGACAGCAGCCUCUGACAAGGCUUCUUGGAAGCAAAUUUGUUCUAAAAGCAAAAGUCCACAAUACCAAACAUACUUGAAGGCUAAUAAAUGACCAACUUGUAUCAGCUUCUUUCCUUGGCACAUACAGUUACCCAGGAUGUAGCUGUGUGGACCCUGGUAUCUCCAGCCAUACUCAGUUAACCUUUUCCUGACAGGUUGCUCCAGCGUUUGGAGUCAGAGUUGGGAGAAGCAGAAUUCCAAGGGAAGAACAAGACUUUUGGGAAGGGAGCACUGCUACAUGCAAGCGUCUGGAAUUUCCAGUCCUUGAGUCAUCAGAAUAUAACUUUUGGACCCAAGCUGGAGGUGAGUAAAGGGAGAAAGGGCCAUUUAAAAUUACCUGCCAUACAAAUUAUUGCUCCAUCCUUACCUCCCCAUUGCAAGAAGUUUCCUUCUCUGUAGGGGAGAAAUUCAGUUCAGUUAACACCAAACUUACCUCAUUCACAUUUUCUGACGCAGCAUGAAAACUGAAAGGCUGCCAUCCUUCACAGCCCACACUUUUCCAAUUUUUGCCAAGUAAUGUGUACAAAAGUGCAUAUACCAGGGCAAAGUGUUCAUAAAAAUGUCUGUCUUAGUGAAAAUAGCACACACCAACAUAUUGCGGAAAUUGCUUUGCAAUAAGUUCACAUUAAGCAAAAACGCAUACAAACGUGUACAUCGGGAUAAAUUAGCACUAAAAUUCUGAUUAGUUUUCAUUAUGAUUUUUUAAAAUUGCAAAUUGAUAGGUGGAGAACAGAACUUAAAGCUGGGAAAAUGAGAAGCUGAGAGAAACCCAAAUGGAACUGGACCACCUCCUUUUCCUCUUCUACAAAGCAUUUUAUUUUCUUUUUGCAGGAGGACAAAGAGGUUCGUGGCUUUGAAGUGAUGCUGCCUAAAGCAGUCCUGGACAAAGUCGUCCUUGCAAAACCCAAACUCGGGCGCAGGCCUGCUACACCGAGGGCAGUGCUGCUGGUGGUUUCAAGCUCCACCCUCUUUCAGGUAAGGAUGUGCAGAGAGGCUGCGGGUACGUCCUCCAAGGAAACUCACCCAUCAGGCACAGAGAUGUGAAGCUCCUUCAGGGAUGAGUUUCUGCAGCAAGAGCACCAGAUGCUUCAGCACCAUUUGGCAAAACAAUCCCUGCCCAACUUAUUGAGGUCUUUCGUGAACUAGAUGGUGGCAUCUUUAAACUAUAGGGUUUCUUUUUGGGGUGGGGUGGGGAAUCAGUCUGUAUGAUGCCCUGAAUGCCUUCCAAUUCUUUGGUUUCUGUGAGGGUAGACAGUAUGGGAACAAGCCUGCUAAACCAGCCCCUUUCUCUAGGAAACUGUAAGACAAUGGCUGUAGCUGACUGCUUAAACACCAUGAUGAGCACAACAGAUGAAGUCUGUGCCAAAGGGCAAAUGGGUGGGCCUUUCCCCUCAGCUGCCUGGUACUUAGAAACCAGGGUAGUUGUGCGAGAGCUGAGCAGCAAGAAAGCAGGCUGAGGAGCUGGACACAGACCCAUGCUUGAUUUGUGCUUGCAUCCAAGGCAGUAACGAAGGGAGAAGCAAAUUCUCUUAGGGUGUAAAUACACUUCCAUCUUAGGCUCAGGUUGUAUAUAUGUGUAAAUAAACCAUAUAUCCAGUGCUUUUUUUCCAGAAGGUACUCAAGGGUACACAGUACCGGCACCUCUCUUUUUGUUGUUGUUGUUAAAAAGUGUGGCACUUACUGUAACAACUUCAUGGUGAGUACCGGCACCUAUUUUUCUAGAAAAAAAAGCACUUCAUAUAUCCUAAAGGCACCACAAAUCUCAACCAACCCUCACUCAAAGGAAACCAAAGCUGGGUAAGUGCCUGGAACCCCAGGAGUCUCUCACUGCUCAGAGAUGGGGGUGGCGUGGAACACAAUGAAAUUUCACCCCCCUCUUGUUCUGUUAUAUCUCAUCCUGGCCCUCCAGAUUACUUUUGCAAAUUAUCUGCUGGUGCGACAAGGAAAGCAGUUGCUGCUUUGAGAUUCUGCAUGAUGCCCAUGCUUAUCUAUGUGGGCUUUCGUUCUGCUUGGUUGGUUGUAAGUCACUUUGGGUUGUCUUGGGCUUGAUAAAAUGACUAACAAAUUUAAUAAAUAAUAACAAAUAAUAAUAAUAAUAAUAUGUUGAGAGGGAGGAUAUGCUGGAGUACUUUUAAGUGGCUGUUUAUGCACUUGUGGCCAGGGAGAGGCAGAGAGUGAUUUUUUUCACCAGGUAUUAUAGUAUUCACUGUAUAAUUCCCCUAGGGGGAAUAUAGACAUUCUCCAGACAGUUUCUUCUUUUUGAACAGUAGGCUGAAAAUCUGUUGCCUAAUGGUUGAUAGGGCUAAAUAUGUUGCAUAUAAGGUUUCUGUGACCUGAUUUGCGCACACAGUAAGCCAGUCUAUGGCUUAGCAAGACCACACAAACCUGCAAGCUAUCAGGGACAAGUUCACAGCUACUUUGUUGCUUUCUAGUCUUUUUUUACUGUUGCACUGCACUGAACUAAUAGCAUGUUGUCCAAUUUGGGAUUCUCCUCACUAGCCAGGAACUGUAGCCAGAAACAUGUCCUGCUUGCCUUGAAGUCUCUAGGCCCCAUCCCCGGCUGAUUUCCCUUGGGUCCAACUUGUAUGCUCCUGGAUGAAAUAUGGAGCACAGGAAGAUCCAGACUACAAGGGCACAGACUGGUCCUGCCAAUAAAGCAUCACUUAACUGAAAACUGAGCAAAUUAGCUUCCUCCUUUAGGGCAUCAACUGAAACGUCUUCCAAGCCAGGGAUAAAUUCCACACUUGCUGAAACAUCAGCUGCAUUCCGACAAGCUCAGGUCAUGGCAUGAAGUUCUUGGGUUCUGCUGCUGUUGGGAGAAAGAGACUCAAAUUCUGCAUGUGAUGGUGGUGACUGUGUACAGGCAGGAUCAGGUCCGCAUGGAGGGAAGGUUGGGCAGAACCAGGUUUCAUGAAGCAAUACUGCCCCAAAAGGACAGACAUGCAGGUGGACUUUGGAAUACCUUGGUAUGCACAGACUACACAAAUGGGCUGUAAAAAUGAGGUGACUUGGGUGGUCUCAGAUGCUCUGAUCUUUAUUUCCUGCAGGACCAAAAUUCUUCUGACCAGAUCCUGGGUGGGAAAGUGAUUGGCCUCUCCAUCUGGAACACUUCAGUCCAUGGCCUGCUCAGAGAGGAGCGGGUGGCACUCACUUUCUGGCACAACAGUCUUCCGGUAGGCCCUGAAAACCUUCAUUCCACUCAGAAGAUCACGGCAUCUGCUGGUGUCCCUUCUGACAUGGCUAAAUUCUCCCUAAAGCUGGGCUGUUUUCCAGUAUGAAUUUACAACUCAAGUUUUAGCAUUGCAUGUGGAACCUUCUGAAAAUCUUGGCCUGGUCACUUUUUCAAAGAGAGAAACACCACCAAGUGACAACUUCCUGUGCUGAAAUUAUUCUAUGGAUGCUUGUUCUUGGAACCGAACCCCUAUUUUCCAAUCUCCUCUCUACAGUCAGGAUUCUGUGCCCACUAAGCAUGCCCAGUCCUCACAGAGCUAUUUUUACUCCUCACCCUAAACAUUUCUUGCACUCUUGCAAAAACUGCAAUGUAGGGAGUUGGACUAGAUUGGUCCCUUCCAACUCUUUGAUUCUGUGAAAUCCUUCUGCACUUCUGUAACCUGCUAAUUCCUGCCUCCUGUGCAGAUUUUGCCAUUUGCUUCCAUAAGGUUGCAUACGGAACUGAGGUUGCUAUCACUAGGAACAUAGGGGGCUGCCUUAUACUGAGUUAGAUCAUUGAUCUAUUUAGCUCAGUGUUUCCUACACUGACUGGCAGCAGCUGUCUAUGUUUUCAGGCAGGAGUCUCUCCCAACCCUACCAGGAGAUGAUGAUAAUGAUGAUGAUGAUGAUGAUAUUAUAUUAUUUCUACCCUGCCCAUCUGGCUGGGUUUCCCCAGCCGCUCUGGGCAGCUCCCAACAAUAAAAACACGAUAAAAUAUCAAACAUUAAAAACUUCCCAUGGGGGACUGAAACUAAGACUUUCUGCACGCAAAGCAGAUGCUCUUACUGCCUGUUUCCCAAAGCAUAUUGCUCCUGUCUUUCUAUCUCUGCUUCACUGGGUGGAAGUAUAUUUAAGAGAAUGUGUAGUUGUGAGAAAGCUGUAGGGACAUCUCACUUAACAGCCAUGUUUCCCUGUUUUGGCUUUUAAAUUAAAUCACCUGUGUUAAAUUCACCCUCUGGUAUUUGUUCUUUCAGUCGAACGUGACUCCCCAGUGUGUGUUCUGGGACACUGGCUCUGAAGGUAAGUUCCUACAGUAGCUGGGGUGGGUGAGAUGCUUGGAAGGAAUUCCCCUGAGACCUCCUUCCACAUUCCCUGUACAGUAUUUGGUUGCUCCUUGAGAGCAUGCGAAACCAGGUGUGUAAAUCACACCCCUCCCCCUGCAGUAGCCCACAUUAAGGACGGACUAUUUGCACCAGAGCUUUUCAAAUUUCUGAGAGCUGAAGCAGACUUUUCUCUUGUUAAAAUUGGAGGGGCCCUUUUUCCACCUGAAAUGAUGUACGUUGGCAGCAUGUAUGAAUUAUCACUGUCUGGAGUUUCUGCAUGAGUCACAGUUCUGGACAUACCUCUUGGUUGGAAACAGGUUGGGACAAAAGCAGUUCAAGUUUCAGAGGCCUGCCUGAAUAAAAAAACUUCUUGGGAGACAUCUAGGAGCAGGCAGGGACGAUUCCUAAGAAGACUCCACUGUCACGAGUUCCACAGGACAGCGGUCCUGCCCACAAAACCCUCGGUCCCUAGUAAAGGCCGACUGAAUCUUACAGGUGCAGAGAACUUUCUGUCUGGAUUAGUAGAACCCAACAGACCUCUCCCACACUGUAUAUGUUGUAGAACCAUAGAACUGUAGAGUUGUAAACGACCCAAAGGGUCCUCUAGCUCAACCCCUUGCAAUGUAUAGCCUUGCUCACUUCCUUUACAUGGGGACACCCACCUGCAGUGAGGCUUCUCCUUUUCACCCCUAUCUGGCCACCCAGGCAAGUGGAAUUCGUCUGGCUGUGAAGCAGAACAACGAGCGGACCGAACCAUCUGCCGCUGUGACCAUCUCACCUUUUUUGCUGUGUUAAUGGUGAGUACUGGUGGCUCCCAUGCCAGGUAGACCUGUGCAAAGAUUUUCCUGCCCCACCCCCCAUUCUCUGUCCCUUUUAAACCAUCUCCUUCCACCUUCAGAUGUCCUCCCCAGAAAUCGACCGCAGCCACCAGGUCUACCUGACCUUGAUCACUUACAUUGGGUGUAUUGUUUCGGCCGUGGCAUCGUUCUUCACCAUCUUCUUCUUCCUCUGCACAAAGUAAGGCAGAACCAAAAAAUUGCUUCAAAUAUAGCAGAAGUCCUAGGGGAUUGGGGAGACAGCCCAGGAGGAAGACUUGCUAGAUUCUAGAAGGAGAUCCAAAAGGAAAUCAUGAACUGAGGGGUGGGGGCAAGAAUAAUCAACAGAGGAUGGAGGAGAGAUGCAGUGAAGGUGAAAAGUCAGAACAGGCUUCCACAACCUGGUGCCCUCCAGAUGUUUUGCACUGCAACUCCCAACAGCCCCAUAGUUCAAGGAACCAUGGCUUUGUGCUAUGUGCGAGCCAGGCCAUUGUCUCACUAGUGAGCUCGGUUGUGUUUUUUACUACACCAAAAUAGAAGCAUGGAAGAGGAGUAUCCCAGGAAAAGGCGAGUAGGUCUUUCCUUGGGAAUACCUAGCUUAUGGCAGUCUUAUUCUGGCCACCAGCUGCCACAUCUGUGGAGGGGAACAGCAUGGAGAAAAGCCUAUGGACUGCUGAAGCCAGGUGUGCAUGUGACAGACAUGUGUGGCUUGUAUUGAGAAAGAGUAAGGCACUGAUUAUCAAAACAUUGAUUGAAGCCAUAUCCUGGGAGACUUAGUGUAUGGUUUGACUGAAGCUUUGGGUGGGGAUCCCACACACAAUUGGGAAAGAAAUAUCACACUCUCUUUUCUCCCCAGGAGAAAGCAAGGGGACAACAUUGUCUACGUUCACAUGAACCUCCUCUGGGCCAUCUUCCUCCUCGACAUGAGCUUCCUCAUCGCAGUGCCUCUGGCCCCUACCAGUGGUGACGUAGCUUGCAAAUCUGGCGCCAUGUUUCUGCAUUUUGGGGUGCUGGCCUGCCUGACCUGGAUGGGUAUCGAGGGCUACAGCCUGUACCUCCUUGUGAUCAGAGUCUUCAAUUCCAACAUCAAGCACAUGCUCCUUAAGCUUUGCCUGGUGGGCUGGGGUGAGUGGCCAGGGGUCGCUGGGAGUGGUGCAGGUCUCUUGUGGACAUAGCCAAAGAAGUUUGUGACUAGGUCCAUUAGGAAGCUGGGCUGCAAGAGAAGAAGAUCGAUAAGCAGAAAGAAAGCAUCUGAUGCAGUGGAGUGGCUCAGAGUGUGGUCAGAUUGCUGGGAAGCCCCCAGUUCAAAUCUGGCCUCUAUCACAAAAGGAAGCUACUUUAUUCCAAGUCAAACAGCUGGUCCAUUUGGCUCAGCAUUGUCUAUGCUGACUGGGUGUGGGUCUCCAGGGGCUGGUAUUCAGCUGAGUGCUACUCAGAGUAAACCCACUGAAAUUAAUGAGCUGAAGGUAAUGUUGGCCAUUAACUUCAGUGGGUCUAUUCUGAGCAGGACUAAUGUUAAAUGCCACUCAGGGUCUUCCCUAUCUCUACCUGGGGAUGCCUUUCGGUAUUGAACCUGGGACCUGAUCCAGCCAUUGGCCUAAUCCAGCAGGACUCUUCUUAGGUCAAUUGACAGGAAGUAGCUCUUUUUUUUUUUUUUUACACAUAGGGGAAUAUUCAGAAGUGGUAUCCUCUCCCUCUGCUUUGAACUGGAAACUUUUAUCUAUGGUAAAAAAUAAAUAAAUUCAGGUAUAGUGCCUGAAGUUGGGGUGGGAGUGACCUCAUAGAGCAGGGAUGGGGAGCCAUUUUCAACCCCAGGGAACCCUUCCAGGGAACUUCGCAGGGAACCCAUGUCAGUGGCAGAUGGGACUGGGGGCAAAAGUGGGCAGAGCCAGAAAUGUGCAUUUUGCCUUUCUGCAAUCUGCUGGCUUCCACGCACAGCCCUCCCUUUCCUCCAUUCAGUCUAGCAGAGUUGAAGGACACAUCCCUGCCAGGCCAAGCCACUGUGGAAGGGUGUGGCUUGGGGAGAGUCUUGAGGGCCAGUUAAGAGAGGCUUCAAGGGCAACAUUUGGCCCCCGAGAAGACUGAGGCUUCCCAUACCUCUUCUCAAGCUUGGGGAGCAGCUGCUGCCCCUUUUCCUUGCUCCACCCCAAGAUACAUUUCUGAGUUGUGGGACAUGGGAGGGCAACAUGUCUUUCCAACUCUGUUCCUGUUGACCACUCACAAAAAGAACAUUUGGCCCCCUUCAGAACUCCUUGGGUCCAACAGGAGGGCAGAAUCCAUCCUCAUUUUGGAUCCACUCAUUUUCCUGUCUGCUGUUCAGAGUGAUUUCAUUCUGCUGCUUGUGGUUGUGUUCCUUUUUUUGCUUUUUUACUGGUUUGAAAUUUUUAUCUAGCAUAGUUCACUUUUGCCAGCUUUGGAGAUUUUUGUACGUGACUUGCAAAUACUUAGAAGUAAAAUGCAUGUGUGCAUGGGGAGGCAGGGGGGUGGAUGCAGGUGCCAAGGACCACCCAGGGAAGUGGGGUAUAAACAUUAAUGCAUAUUGUCCUCUGCCUUGCAGGUCUUCCCCUAUUCAUUGUUCUGCUGAUCUACGUGAUCAACCAGUCGCAUUAUGGACAUUUCCCCAUUAAAGUGUAUGAAUCCUCUGGGGAAUAUACCAAUACAACAAUGUAAGUGGCUUUUUUCUGGGGGGUGCAAGUCCUCUCACAGCCAAGUUGAUUCAGGUAGCUGCAUUCACAGUUUAGCCAUAACAUAGAAGUAUAGAAGCCUUUUCCUGGUAGUGGGCAGGGCAGAGACAGGAGUGGGUUCUCUCUCUCUCUCUCUCUCUCUCUCUCUCUCUCUCUCUCUCUGUGCCACCCUAUUUCUCCACAUUUCCAACCCCUGCGUGCUCUGCUCCUGAUGGUUCCUCUGCAGACACAAUGUGCAUUCAGCCCAUUUAAAUUUAGUGCCGCUUGGGCCCGGGGUGGGAUCCACCUAUCAGAUGUGGCCUGUGGAGGGUUGGCCACCAUUUGAUCUGGCCCCAGGUGGUUUUCCUACUCCUGCCAUCCAUGUUCCUGCUCCACACAGGUUUCACACCAGCAAGGUUCCAGCAAGCACCAGGCAGCUUUGUCCCUAAGGGGUGUCAGGUAGUUGGCCUGCCUGCAGCUCUCUUCCCGGUGGCAGCACUGGGUGGGUGGGCGGGCGGAGAGGGUGUAAAAUGAGCUUUCUUCUGCCUUGAGAUGUUCAAUUAACUUUGAAAGUCCCAUAAUGGAUUGACAAAAGGGUAUCCUUUUGUUGUGUCCCUCACCCAAACGGAUGUGCUACAGUCUGUCCCCAAAGUUUUCUGACAAACAGACCUCACUCAAAUUUUUGAUUAGCCACCUUCCAAAAUGCAAGCAUGGGUGCCCCUAUUUCAGUCAUUUCUGAUCUCAGAAGAAGGGGAAAAGAACAUUCUAAAGUUCUUGAUUCUUCUGGCCGGCCACUGUGAGGUCAGGAUGCUGGAGUACAUGGGCCACUGGCCUGAUCCAACAGGGAUCUUUAGAUGUCCUUAUGAACAUGCUUUGGGACACUGUGCCACAUCCCUCAUGCCUGCUCCCUCCCUCUUCUUUUCCAGCUGCUGGAUCACCAAAAAAGAGAUCAACAACUUCCUGAAUCUGGGCUUUCUAAGCCUGGUGCUCUUCUUCAACACCAUCAUGCUGGGCGCGAUGGUGCAAGCGGUCCUCAAGCUGCGAUGUCAGUGGGGAUAUGCCGUGAUGCUCCUGGGGCUCAGCUGUGUGCUGGGCAUCCCUUGGGGGCUGGCCUUCUUCUCCUUCGCCUCUGGGACCUUCAACCUGGUGUCUGUGUACCUUUUCACCAUCAUCAACUCACUCCAAGGUCAGUGGGUGGCAGCUGUUUCCUCCCUUCACUUAUUUGGGUUGUCAUUUUGUCACUGUUUCUUCUCUCCACUGGAAUUUGGUCUAUUAGGGUGAACAGGCCACUGCCCCACCAACCUUAGUCUCUACCUGGCUGCCGCCUUCAUUUCAACCAGUCCAAGGGGUGGCUCUCCUUGUCGUUGGCUCUAGCGCCACCUACUGUUGACCCCCUCGCCUAUUGCCCUAUACCAGUCCCAAAGGGGAACCAGCCGCCAUCAGUGCCGGAUUUACAUAAAAGCUAAACAAGCUAUAGCUUAGGGCCCCACUCUCUUGGCCCCCCCCAAAAAAUUUUCACAAUAUACUACUUCUUAAUUGUAUUUCAGUUCAACAAUUACUUUGAUAAAAUACAUAUUUUGUUAUGUGCAAAUGGCUUUAGAUACCUAUGAGGUCCAUAAAUUACCAUAUGGCAUACAUUCACCACAAAAAACAGCGACAAUUUGUUGUUGACAAAGGACAGCUGGACAUAUAAAGGGCCCCAUUACCUUCAGUAGCUUAGGGCCUCAUCAAACCUAAAUCCGGCCCUGGCUGCCAUUGAAAUCACCUUCUUCGGCUUGCAGUUUAUUUAUUACCAGGGCAGCAUCUUCAGAAUCAGCCCAAGGGCGAAACUACAUGUGACAUUAGUCAAUAGGGCUGUGGGUUUUGUUUUGGUUUUUUGACAUGGGGCAGGGAGACAGAUCCUAAUAUGGAGGCUUAGGGUUUUUAGCCCUUUUCCUCCCUUGCUACAGUACUGAUGCAGAUUGGGGCCUUCACGCUUGCAGUUUGCACUGCAAAAAAGAAAAAAAGUCCCCCUCAUUUCAGUGGGAUCUUGUUUUACCACAAAAUUGCAGGGUGUGGGUGGGUGGGUGGGUGGGUGUGUACAAUCCAAAGCAACUCCACCAAAAGAAGCAGAGGGCUUCUUAAAGUCCCCUCUACCCUCCAUGUUAGGGUUCACAUUAGUAGGAGCAGAGGAAGCUGCCUCAUUCUGAGCCCUAGAGCAUUGCUGCAACCAUCACAGCAUCAUCAGCACUGACUGGCAGAGGCUGCACAGGUUUUCAGGCAGGGACUUAUUCUCAGCCCUACCUGAAGAUGCCAUCAGCGAUUGAACCUGGGACAUUUUGCAUGCAAAGCGGUCCUUUAGCCCACCUCUGCUCCACACUGACUGGCAGUGGCUCUUGGGGGCUCUCCAACACAGAGUCCUUCUCAACCCUACCUGGACCUUGUACCUGGGACCUUUUGCCCUCUGGUGGCUGGUCCAUUGUGAUGCAUGGGGCUCCCUUGGAAGGUGGUGGACGAUCCUUCCUUUGAGAUUUUUAAGCAGAGGUUGGGUGUUGUUGAAGUUGUGAUUCCUGCAUUGCAGGGGGUUGGGCUAGAUGACCCUUGGGGUCCCUCCCAACUUUAUAGUUCUAUGUUUCUAACCUUAGCUUUCCCCUCACUUGCCUGCACUCUUGCAACCAGUUGUCUCCACCUCUUGCUGGCCUCCCUGCCUCUCACUAAGCAGACACCACCCACUGCUGCUUUUGCAUGCAGAGUGUGGGCUCUGUUGCUGAGCUGUGUUCUUCCCUGGCACUGCCACAGGGGAGGUGCACACAGGAGGACAAGUCUUGGCAUGCUCUCCAAGUCCUCCUUUCAUGUUUCCUUCUCCUUCUUCUCUCCCCACAGGGUUCCUCAUCUUCCUUUGGUACUUGGCAAAAACCCUCCAGUCCCGCAGGUCUUCCUCCUACUUCUACAGCACAAAUUCCAGCAGCAUCAAGCUACAGCCGAGCAGCACCAGCAUAUGA